UAGCAAAUAUAUAAAUAAAUAACAAAUAUUUUGAAAAUAUAAAAACUAUGUCUUUUCAUCCAAAGAACUGGGUGGAACCAUUAUUUAAUAAAUAAAAAUAUUCAGAUUAAAUAAUAGAAGUCGUCAUAAUAAAUGAAAAAAUGUAGAAUAUCUAAGCGCAAUGUGAUUUGAAAAUCAUAUAGUUUCCAAUAAUCAUAUUUUAAAUAGCAAAGAAAUUUCUAUGUUUCGGAAAAGAAAUAUUUUAUAAAUUGUAAAAAUGUAAAAUGCGUUCGAAAAUAUAAUUAUACAAUAGCGAAGAAGUAUCCUGUAUCGUUUUUAAGAAUUUUUUUGUACAGAGGAAUUAAAAACGCGCGUUUUCAUAAUUUAAACGUUAUUUUUUAUCAAAAUAACAUAUACGUACCUUUUCACAAACACAAGGUCGUUUUCGUAUGUUCACAAGUUUCGUAUCAUUACAAAGAUGAUGAUCAAUCUCUCGUAGACAUAUAAUUUUUAACUUUCGUUUCAAUAAGCGUUGUUAGAAUCAUGGAUAGCAGUAAUAAACUAAUGUCUGUGAAUAUCAUGAACAAAUAUAAUAAUCUAAAAUAUAAUAUAAACAAAAAGGAAGCAUUAAAGAAAAUAUCCAAUUUAUCUUUGGAAUUAAGAAUUUCAGAACCCAAUAACUUCAUCAAUAGAUUGAUCCAAACGGCAUCAAUAAUGCAAGAUAAUUUUUUUCAUUUUGCAGCGAUUUAUGAACAUGAAGAUGUAGUUAAAACUAUUAUUGAUUAUUUAAACUUUUUUGAAGCGAAAUUGAUGUGUGACACAAUGAGUGAAUUCCAUGAUAAAAAUCACUUGAUCGUAUCGUUAAUGAAUACAAUUCAUAAUAUAAGUAAAGAAAAAACAGUGCAAUUAUUUUUGGAAAAUGCUCUCAUCAAAAAUUCGACGCUGCCAGAUAUUAUGCAAGAAUCUAAAAUAAUGUUUACAUGUGAGAAAAUAAAAGACCAGGAUAUUGAAAUGAUACUUCUCGAAGGAUCAGAUUUGUAUGCAAUUAUGAACUGUUUAAAAAUGAAAAAGAUUGUGUCUUCGUUAGAUAGAAUUUGGGUCCAAAAAUCAAUAAAUAAGGAUUUUCAAUGGCAUGUAAAAAAAUAUUUUGGACAUAGUUUAAACGUUCCCAUUGAUAUAUUUCAAUCACAACAAGAAUUACUUACAUCGCAAAACUUGCAUCUCUCUGAAAAGAAGAUACUUUCCAUAUGGACAGAAGAUAUCGUAGGUGCAAGAAAUUUAGCAGGGUCUUUACAGGGAAAUAUUGUAUUCAUAAAUACACAUAUGAAUUUUUGUGCUGGUAUCUUGAUACCUUACACAAAACUAUGCAAAUAUAAACUCUUAUCUCAAGUUGAAUAUAUGAGUGAAAAAUCUAAUAAUACGUGGAUACUAAAUCCAAAAUCAGGUACAAUUUAUAAUCUGUUUUAUGGUGGUAUGUGGCAAAAACCUAUCGAUGAUAUGUAUUGGGAACACAAUGGUAUUUUACUGGCAAAUGCAACAAGAGGAGAUUUUGAGAAAUGUGUUGAGUUAGCUACAGAAGGAUUUAGAAUCUGGACAGAAAAGUCUAUUGAUUCUAAAAUAUGUAUAUUAUCCAAGCUUACGUCAAUAUUACAAACUAAUGAACCUUUAUUAGCGAAUGAAAUAUCUCAUUGGAUAAAAUUGGCAUAUUACUAUAAGAAUCACGUGAAUUGUCAUCAGAAUGACAAAUUUGAAGUAACAAAAAUUCGUAUACCAAAAGGUGUUAUUUUUCUUGAAGAGAAAGAUGCAGUUACUCUAUUUCGCGAGUUAACACAAUGUUUAAUUACUGGCAAUGCUGUCAUUGUGAUAUGUAAUCCAGAUGUAUGCACUUUAGUAAAAUAUUGUGACAUAUUUUCAACAGCAACAAUACCAUCGGGUGUUAUAAAUCUCAUUUCAAGUAAAAUUAUAGCCUACAUGAACUAUGAGAAAAUUCUCGAAAAAUCAAAGCCAAACUCAAUAUAUGAACAACUUACUACAACCAAGCAUAUUGUACUUUGCGUUAAAAUGAAUAAACGUGUGAUAAAUAUAGAGGAAUAUUAUAUCAACCUAGAAUAUAAAAAUAAAGAUAAGAUAGUGGAAUCAGCAGAACAAAUACAUAAUUUAACUUCAAAAUUAUCAUUUAUAGAAACUGAUAAUUUUGCAUAUAGAUUCCUAAAGACAGCAUCAGUAAUGGAAGAGAACUUAAACCUUUUUAUGACAGUGUGCAAACAUGUAGAUUCAGUUCACAGUAUUCUUAAUUAUCUCUUUUAUAAUGGUGCACAUUUUCAGCUUUUUAAUGGUGAAACUUGCCAAAUGCUUGACAUAAUUGGAAAUGUAUUAAUUACCAUCUACUAUAUAUAUCAAGAAUAUGAUAUACAGGCAUUUUUGGAAAAUAUUAUAAACGGGGAAACAAGAUUACAGUGGUAUUUUGAAUAUAAAAAUGGCUUAUUUACAUAUCUGCAGAUUGAAAUAGUACUUUUUGAAGAUUCAGACUUGUAUGCAGUUAUUAAUUGUUUGAAGCUUCAAACAGCCGUGCAUUGUUUAAAGAAAAUUUGGGUCGAAAAAUCAAUAAUACACAAUUUUAUGUGGCAUUUAAUAGAAAAUGUUGGAAAUUUGAACGUUCCAAUACAAACAUUUAAAUCAAAGCAAGAAUUAUUUAUAUCUAGUACAUCUGAGAAUAUGUUAGAGAAAAAUAUUACAAUAAACAUUGUAUCUAUAUGGUCAGAAAAUGUUACAGCUGCAAAAAAUUUUGCAAGAUCUUUAAAUCAAAAUCUUGUAUUUAUAAAUGCGUACAUAGAUUUUCCUGGCAACAUGCUUUUUCUUAGAGAAAUAUUUCAAACAAUAAGUACGUAUUUUGAUUUAACUUUGAUAGACAAAUGUACAAAUAGUUCAAUUGAUCCAACUGCGCAUAAAGGUUUAAAAUACGAUUUAUUUUAUGAUGGCAUGUGGCAAAAACCUAAAAAAAAUACUUAUUGGAUACAUAAUGACAUUUUAUAUGCAACUGCAACUAGUCAAGAUAUUAUAGACUGUAUUGAAUCAGCUAAAAGAGGAUUUAAAAAUUUGAGUACUAUGUCUAAUGAUUCUAGAGCGCAAAUGUUAUCUAAAUUUGCAACCAUAUUAGAAUGCAAUGGGAAAUUUUUAUCAUCCGAAAUAGUAUCUAAAUGGAUCAAUAUGUCAUAUAUUUAUGGAAAAAGGACAAUUAAUUCUAACACUGAAAGAUUUGAAGAAAUAACCAUUUAUAAACCAAAAGGCGUUGUUAUUCUUCACGAGAGCUUUGAAUUUAUUUUCUUUAAAAAAUUAACACAAAAUUUAAUUAUUGGCAAUUCUGUCAUCGUAAUAUGUAAUCCUGAUUUAUAUAAUCUAGUACCAUAUUGCAACAUAUUUAAAAUGUGUGGCAUACCUCCAGGGGUUGUAAAUCUCUUGUCAAUCGAAAAUGCAAUUAAUCAUGAAAAUACUAAUAUUGAUUUGAGUACAGAAAAUUUUGUGACAACACUGUUAAAUUUUACAAUAACGCAAAAUAUUAUAAUUUCUCGUAAAUAAUUGUAAUGAAAUAAAACAUAUGUACUGUAUAUUUAUAGCAGUAAGAAAAAAAUCAAAUAACUUUUCUUUGCCUUAUAUUGUAUUAACGUAUCUCGUAAUUUAGUGUUUUAAAAG